AAGCGACAAGGAGAAAAUCUAAAAUAGUCUUUCGCGGUUAGAUUGCCACUCGCUGUCAAAAAUUCAAUCCACAGCUCUGUUUCGUCCUGGGGGUUUUUGUAGGGUUUCUCCUUCUUCCACUGUACAAUUGUAAAGAUAGAGAAAAUGGGUUCUCUCACGAAUGGUAUUGAUAAAAGACCAGAUGAAGAACAAGAGGAAGAGCCUAUCUUGAUGAAGAAUUCACAGAGAUUUUGUAUGUUCCCCAUCAGAUACAGGCAACUCUGGGAGAUGUACAAGAAGGCUGAAGCCAGUUUCUGGACUGCUGAGGAAGUUGACCUCUCCCAUGAUGUGCAGCAGUGGGAAAGCCUGUCCAAUUCUGAGAAACACUUCAUAAGCCAUGUAUUAGCAUUUUUUGCUGCAUCUGAUGGGAUUGUUUUGGAGAACUUGGCUGCAAGAUUUCUACAUGAUAUUCAAAUUCCAGAAGCACGGGCAUUUUAUGGAUUUCAAAUUGCUAUGGAGAAUAUUCAUUCUGAGAUGUACAGUUUGCUCUUGGAGACAUAUAUCAAGGACUCAAAGGAGAAGCAUAGAUUGUUUAAUGCAAUUGAAAACAUAUCUUGUGUAGCUGGGAAGGCUAAAUGGGCUUUGGAUUGGAUUCAGAGUUCCACUUUAUUUGCUGAGAGACUUAUUGCCUUUGCAUGUGUUGAAGGAAUCUUUUUCUCAGGAAGCUUCUGCGCCAUUUUUUGGCUUAAAAAGAGAGGAUUGAUGCCAGGUUUGACUUUCUCAAAUGAGCUUAUUUCUAGAGAUGAGGGCCUUCACUGCGAUUUUGCUUGCCUUCUGUACAGUUUAUUACAGAAGCAGCUACCCUGGCAAAGGGUUCAUCACAUUGUCCAUGAAGCAGUGGAAAUUGAAACCCAGUUCGUUUGUGAAGCCCUGCCUUGUGCAUUGAUUGGCAUGAACGCAACACUCAUGGGCCAGUACAUAAAAUUUGUCGCUGACCGCCUUUUGGUUGCCCUUGGGUAUGAGAGGAAAUACAACGUGGAAAAUCCAUUUGAUUGGAUGGAGUUUAUUUCUUUGCAGGGUAAAGCAAACUUCUUUGAAAGAAGGGUGGGUGAUUAUCAAAAGGCAUCUGUAAUGUCAAGUCUAGAUGGUGGAAAGAAUUAUGUCUUCAAGACUGAUGAGGACUUUUAGUCAUCAGUUCAUCAAACCCUCAAGUAUAUUGACUGGAUGCUGAAUCUGGGCAUCAAAAUUUUGUUACUAUUCUUUGUGGUAACAUCUGCUUACACUGAACUUUGUUUUCAUGCACUUCCAAGUCAGCAGUAUAUGGUCAGAAAUCGUAUAUAACAACCUGCCCGUCCUUUAAACCAUCUUUACAUUCCUUCGGGUGUAGUUUUAGUCAAUCACAAUCAAAAAAUGCUUUUCUAUAUAUAAUAUUUUUGAAUAAAUCCUCUCAAGGUGGAGGGUCUGUAUCAUUGUUCUUAUUUGAACUUUGUGUUGAUUUCUAUUUGCUUAUAUAUCCAUUUCGUCAUC